AGAUAUUUAAUUAAGUUAAAAAUGAACUAAAUUUUAAAAUUUAUAAAUAGAUAACAAGCUUUGAGCUACUAAGUAGCAGUUAGGAAAUAUUAAAGGAAAAAUGUAUUUUAUUUUUGUUCGAAUUAAUUUGAUCAUUCCUAAAAUAGUAGAAAUUAGAAUAUUUUUUUGUUAAAUAAUUUAACUUCAUUUCUACCUAAAGACUAUCAUUAUCUUCUCCCAUAAUUUUAAAGUUUAAGCUAUCACUAGUUGAUGGAUUAACUAAUUAAAGUUUAACAAAAAGAAUAAUAUGGAUAGAUGAAUAGCAAUGAUUUAAAUAGUGCUUAGCUAUCUUUUUUGUUCAGUAGAAUCCUUUUUUAUAGGUAGGAAUAUGACUAAGCAAUUUAAAUACUUUAUUUUCUCAAUAAGACUAUUUCAGAAUAGUAUUUAAAUCCAAGCUCUCCUAACUACGAGAGAUUAAAGUAAACUGAUCACAAUCUUAACUUAACUAAUUCUCUUUUAGAAAUGAGUUAAAUUUUUGGGAUUGUUGGAGAUUAAGAUAGUUAAUAAGAAUAUGUUGAUUAAGCAGAAGAACAAUUUAUAGAAUUUUUAGGUACUUAAGAAUAAAAACUAGAGGUUUCAUUGAAAUUUCUUUAAUCUUAUAGAGAUUUAUAAGAUUUUGAUAUGGUAAAAGAAUAUGAAAAUAAGAUAAUAAACCUUCUAGAUAGUUUAGAUAAUUCUCCAUAAUUCUAUCCGAUUUAUAAAAAUAUGCUAAAUUACUUUGAGGAUACUCAUUAAAAGUAAUCUUUAUUUACAUUGGGAUAAAAGAUGAUACAAAUCUUUAGUAAAUAUGAUGAAUUAAAAUAAGAUAUACAAGGAACAGUUAUUCCUCUUCUGCAAUAAGAGUUAAACUAUAGCACUUUUGAGGGUAAAAAAAUAAGAGAAGACAUAUAAGUUUAAAAAUUAGAAAUGAGGAAUUCAAAUACUUCUAGGAGAUAAAUUUAGGAAAUAAUAUCUAAAGUAUCUAAACUUAAAUAUGAAAAGAAAUAUGAUGAUGCUAUUGAAUUAUCAGAGUAAUUGCUACAUAAGAUAAUGAAUGAUUUGCCUAAUUAAAUUCCUUCUGAUAUGCUACUGAUUUGCUUUAACAAUCUGUUUGUUUUGUACUCAUGCAAGAAUAAUAACGAAAAAUCUGCUGAGUAUGGAUAAAAGUGGAUAAAACUUACUGAAAAGCUUUAAUUACCUUCUCACAUUGUUUUAUCAAAAAGCAGUGUUUCUACUUUUUAUCUUAAAAUACAGAAGCUUGAUGAGGCUUAAAAAAAUAUUGAUGGAGCUGUACAAGUUUUAAAGCAGAAUCCAAACUGUGUUGACUUAACAGAUCGUUUUAUUACCUUAUGCCUAUAAUUCUAGAUUAGUUUUUUGAAUUAGUAGAUCCCAUAUGAAAAAGCUGAAGAAAAUCUUCAAGAGGCUCUCUCACUUUUGGAAAAACUCAUAUCUGAAAACAAUGUUUCUAGCAUACUUCACAAUAAAGUGGUUGAAAUGUACACUUUUUUAAAAAGUAAUUAAUUAAAACUCUUGCUCAAGUAGAUAGGAAAUGCAUAUUUGAAAAUCAAGUAAUUGUAAAAAGAUUUUUCAUUAUCUUACAUGGAUUAUAUUGUCUACCAAGACCUGACUGAGUUGUCUUUUAUUGAAAAAAAUUACGAUGAAAGCAUAAGACAUGUUUAUUAAGCUAUUAAGAUUUAUGAAUAAUUGAAGAGUAAUUAAAAACAUAAAGGUUAAGAUUAUGACUUAACUAAAAAACCAAGAUGGGUUGUUUUACAAUACAUAAAAGCCUGUAUCGAAGUAAAUAGAGGAGAUAUAGACAAAGGCUUCUAAGCUAUUAAUAAAUAUUAAGGACACAGUAAACAAGAAGAAAGCCAGAGCUAAGCAAUUAAAGAGAGUCAUAUCCUGUAAAUUUAAAAUAACUAAAAGAAUUACUGGAGCUCUAGAUUGCAAGCUGAGACUUUUUUUAAGUUGGGAUAAUAUAAUUUGGCAUUUAAUUCUAUAAACUAAGCAUUGAAGUAUGUAUAAAUAAUUUAAGAUAUAAAUUUGUAGAAAAAUACUUUUGAGUUUAAGCAACAAAUAAAAUAAUUUAUUCCUGAAAGUCAAUUAAUAAAAGAUGAACUUAUUGAAGUACAUAGAAACCAAUAGCAAAUCGCUCCUAAUUGA